UUCUUCUUCUUCUUGUUCGCAGCACACUGGCAUAUCUGAUAUGACCUACCCGCACAUUCGGUACAUCUCAUCUAGAAUGACUGGCUUUGGAAGAACCUAUGAGGACCUGCUGCAUUUAGAGGAAAGACUGGGGACUGUGAACCGAGGAGCCUCUCAGGGAACCAUAGAGAGGUGCACUUACCCACACAAGUACAAGAAGAGAAAGCUGCAUGAUAAACAAGAGGAAGACGAGGGAGCCGACGAAGACACGGAAGAGAAAUGCACCAUCUGUCUGUCCAUACUAGAAGAGGGCGAGGAUGUCAGACGUCUACCAUGUAUGCACCUCUUCCAUCAGCUGUGUGUGGAUCAGUGGCUCCUCACCAAUAAGAAGUGCCCCAUCUGCAGAGUGGACAUUGAGGCGCAGCUGUCUGCUGAGAGUUGAUGCUGUUUUUAUUUUCUAACAACCCUUUUGGUUGAAAGUUUAUUUUGAGAUCAUAAGAAUUUUCUCUUCAGUACUGCAGUCAACCAAAGAUGGCAUGAAUUACCUGUGCAGCUCCAUGAUGAGAAAAUGAAGAAGAAAAAAAACAAAGCAUUGAGCCUAGAGUGCCAGCUAUCACAUAUUACUACAACAGCUACAAUUCUCCAUUAAGGGUUUAAGAUUUUAUUGUAUUUAUAAAGCUUUUAUGUAGCUUUGAUCGUUUCCUCAAGUGUCAUUUUUGUUUCUUGUUUCUCUGCAUGUUUCCUUGCGAUGCAUUUCUUUGCACAUAUAACGUGGGCUGAACACAGCCUAACCGUCUGCAGGUGAGAAUAACUGCUCUAGUAAAGAUGCAUUUCUGUAAACUCAAUGCCUUGCUUUACUAGAAUAGAAUGUCAACCUUCAGUUUUUUUUAAAAAAACAAAACAAAUAACAUUGCAGGAUUCAUUUUUACCAACCAUUGUAUUGAUUAGUUUAUGUUUAGAAGAUGUGGAUUGUUAGUGAACGAUGUUUUUAAGUAAAUCAAGACAUUCCUAACUAGGGAAAUAUGUUAACAGAUCAGCUGCUGUAUUAGUGCACACCCAGUAUUUCUAGAGUGGAAAUAAACUCCUCUGUUCACCUUCCUCCCAGAAUAUGCACAUGCUUUGCUCCAACGACACCUCCCGCUCCUUUAUUUGACUAAAACACCACCACAAACAGAAUGUCGCCUCCUUCUCUUGACUGUUCUUUCUAAACUGAAUGAUUUCUGGGAUCUGCUGUGAAUCGUCAUGUUGUUGGGCUUUCCCUGCAGACAGGCCUGUUACACUUAGCUUUCUGUAAGAUGAUCUCAGGUCUGCGUGUGUGUGUGUGUGAGAGUGAGUGAGUGAGUGUGUGUGUACAAAGUUUUCGCAUGAGCCUGCAACCUGGGGUCACUGAGUUCAUUUGAUCCUGGCAGUGGUGUUCAGAGGGAACACACAGCUCACUGUGGGAUUUACUGUUUGUUCUCUCACUUCAAACCAUUUUUAAACACCUGCCCCUUUUGUCUGUCUCUGUAGUUCGGGGCAGCGGCGUCCAUUUUGCUGCUGUGGAAAGUAAAACACUAAUGCUGUUGACGAACCCACUCGCAUAGACUUGCACAAGAGAGAAAAGUCGUGAAUAUGUGCUGAGGCCGUGAAAGUGAGAGCAGAGGAACGAGUGUUGAAAUGCAGUACUUAAAGCAGGUAUCCAUGCAUUCAUUAACAUUAAGGCACGAGGAUCAUAUUCUGUGGGAUUUAUAUUAGUUUUAAAGAAUAAUAAACUUGGAAUAAAUCUAA